GAAGACUACAAAAAUGAGUAGCAAGAACAACUUGGGAGCUGCUGCAGCUUCUGCAGUCAACACCACUAAUGGUAAGCUUCCGAUGGAGGAAAACGAAGAUGAAGAGAUAUGGAAAGUUGCGGUGUCGAGGUUUCAAGCCAGAGAAGAAGAGAUCGAGAAGAAGAAGUUGAGUGUUAAGGAAAAGGUUCAACAGCGGCUUGGUUUUGCAGAGGAAGCUACAAGAUGCUUAACUCAAACACUGGAAGAGCUAGAGAUUAUGGGAGAUCCUAUGAGAAAAGAAGUCGGAAUGGUGAGGAAGAAAAUAGACUUGGCAAAUCGAGAUAUCAAAUCUUUGGCUCAAAGCUGUCAGAAGAAGGAGAAGGAAUACAAAGAGACAUUGGAAGCUUUCAACGAAAAGAACAAAGAGAAAGCUCACCUUGUUUCAAUGUUAAUGGAGCUACUGGCUGAAAGUGAAAGAUUAAGGAUAAAGAAACUGGAGGAAAUCAACAAGACUGUUGGAACCUUGCAAUAAGGAGACACAAUCCACACGGAUCUUACCUUAAAAGAGUCUGAAAAUUUGUUUUGAGUUUUUUGGUAUUAGAUUCUGUUCAAGUCCUUUUUAUUAAAUCUGAGCUACGAUGUACGAUAAACAAAUGCUUUACCAACGGUUUAAAAGAUAUGAAUGCGGCCAAAACAAAACUUCUUAGAGGAUACUAAUUUGUUUGAUACAUGAUGUCUGUUAUUUUU